GUGGUCCCAAGACCGAUAGACAUUCCUUGAGAUAUCUUCGCCAUUAAUAAGGCUGGAAAUGAUGAGGCCAAGCUGAAUGUUAUCCAACCGAUGACUAUGAGUAUUGAGCUGAUAAGAAGUGCAGGUCUGCGGCCAAUUCGAUCUAUGAUUAGUGAGGUGAAGAGACAUCCUAUUAGUGUAGUUAUCCCGAUCAGUGAUGCUGAAAGAAAAUAUUUAGACAUUAGAAUUAUAGUCAAACUACAAUUACAAUACAUAAUAUUAUUAUUAUAUUAUUAGCUAUGUCUAAUGAUUUUUUAUAGAUAAAAUAUGUAUGCCUGAGAAUUAUCUGCACAUCCCUUUGGGACUGCUAUAUAAAUUUCCCGUACCCAACCAUGACUCUGAAUCCUUGUCCAAAGGUAUCUCUCGACUCUUCCUCAAGUCUGAGAACAGUGAUGCGUUAAAUCCGAUAACCAUACCAUAUGAUAUCAUGUUGAAGGUCACACUCGAUACCGCAAAGCACUGAAAAUAUAGUUGUAUUAUUAUAUCUAUGAUCGUAGGCAACAACUAAAUCGAGGUAAGAACGUGUGAGAAUAGAUUCCACUACCUUGUUAGUUUGAAGGUUAACUACCUCUUUUCUUAUGAUGGAAGAGUUACUGGUGGCUCGAAGGACUUUCUAGUUUCACCAGGCCAAAUAGACGAGUGCGAGCUCACUCGAGACCUGGACCAUUGUACCAUGGGAUCUAGGGUAGUUAAAGAACUCGGAAAAAAAUCAUCUUACAAGAAAUCCAAUAGUCCUUUUUGAUAUUUUGUAAGAGAUAAAAAAAUAUAUCAACAUUUGAGAACUUCGUACUAUAUAGGAUCUACAUAUAAAUGCUCCACAAUUAGUCUAGGAUAGUUAAAGAACUUUAAUAUUUGGGAUCUGGGGUAUUUGUUGUUACGUCGUUGUGUGUUUCCAACGGCCAUAACACAGAAGAAAAUCUUAAAUUUAGGUAGUGUUUUAUUUGGAAAUGAACAAUAUAAGCGUCUAUUUAAUAUGUUAGAGAGAGGUACAACAAAAACUAAAGUGCAGACAGUGAACACUUAUUCAAAGAAAUAACAAAUCUAACAAUCAUAAUUUAAUUAUACAGUAAACUAAAAACAAACACCUAGACAUCUAUCAUCAUCUAGAUCUACAGGUCGGAACAAAUUCAUUCUACAAGAAAUCCAAAAGUGCGUUUUGAUAUAAUAUUUUAAAUGAGAUAAAAAAUAUUAUUAGAUCAACAUCUGAGAACUUCGUAUAUUAUAUCUAGAUAUAAAUAAAUGCUCCAUAAUUCAUUCGAGCCGUUACGGUUGAUACGAAACGAACAUAAGGAUGGGAUUAAAGAAGACUAGCUGUACCCGUCCGCUUCGCUGGGCAUUUACCCACAAAGAUUCUCAUCAUUAACGCCCCCACAGCUGGUGUAGGGAGUCUAACACUCAUAUAAAUAUUAGCCUAUCCAUUAAGUACAUGUAUUUUCUACAUGGAUACGAAGUUUCAAGUCAAUCGGAUGCACGGCUCAGUAGUUAUAACCGAACAUCCGUAAAACCACUGUAGAUUUAUAUAUUAGAGAAGAAGAGUCGACGGCUUUUUGAAUACUUUACCAUAUCUAAAGAAAAGUAGCAUUGGUUAAAUCUCAUUCCAGAUUUCAUUAAAUUGAAUAUUAUAAAUCAUUCUCGACUCCAAACAAAAUGCCCAAACCAGAAACAACGUAGCGCAACGUUUCAAAGCUAGUCUACUAUAAUAGUCAUGCAAAAUAUUAAAUCUUCAGCAGCGAAAGUUAUAUUAGUGCCUCAGAAUUGUGUGUUUUAAUUUAACUUGACCAGAUAAAAAUGAGUUUGUCCAUCUAGUCACACCUCCUGAUCUUUGAACUAAGGUCAAACGUGGUUUUCUUAAUAUUUAUUUCAAAUAUAUAUUUUUUCUCUGCCUAUUUGCUGGUAUCUAAAUGGGUUAUUCCAGCUUCUCGCGGACGGGUAGGUGAGCUCACGGGCGCAAUCCGAGAGAAUUUGCUAACACUAGCCCUAGCAAGAACAGUGUUAAAUCUACCACCACAUCGGAAUCGCGACCCACUGAUUCACGCGGCGAGCAACUUAAUGGGUUAAACACAAACUUGUCAGAUCCCGUAGUGACCCUGUGCCCUGGGGUCAGACCGCGGAUUCCGAGGGGAGUCGAUAUUAAAGAUAGUUACAUGCUAGUGCGGAGAGUUUUAUUAUGAAGCCGAUAAUUUUUAAAAACGAGACAGCGUAAAAAAGGAGUAAGUAAGCACGUAGAACAAAUACUCCGACUGAAACUUACCUGCUUCAAGAGCGGUGUUAUCCAUCGCUUACUACGACACAUUUUCACAGAAUGAUAUAAAAGAAGCCUCGAUACAGUCUAUCUUCUUCGAUGUAGUUUUAGUUUUGAAUAACGUGUAAAUGCUUAGACAAUUCAUUUGAAAUUAUAAUUUCUUUAGCAUUGAAUUAAUCAAUUAAUUAAGAUACCUACUGGGAAAUUAUACAUAGUUCAGUUUUUUCAUCGUGGUUUUUUUUUAGAUUAAAGUAUUUCUUGUGACACGCAGACCUUUCCAGUUUCACCAGGACAGGUGAGCGAGCAAAGGCUCAGCCAGGAGGGGUGGGAUUUGCUAACAGCUGCCCCAGCUCCUCCAAGAGCAGCUGCUUGGCGAGUGAAUCUACUAUAAGAUCGGAAUCGCGACACACUGACAAGAUCCGGCGAAAAACUGAUAGUUGGAUUAGGUUGCACGUCGACCGGGGGUCGGAGGAGGGCGUUUGUCUAGCUCCGGCCCCUAUGAGGAGGCAUUCUCCUCUCGGUGAAGGUCACGGCGCAACCUAAAGGGGUUGAGGCUGCACCGCACGCUACCGUCACUCUAGCGCGCUGGCACCAGGAGGACGGGAUGACGUGUCGGCGGCUGCAGACUGCGAUGCGGUCCGCUUUUUCGUCGUCGCUGUCGUCGCCGAACAUACUGUGGAAGAGCAACCCGGUCGGCGGUGUAUCGAGUUCCGACCGAGUUGGCGAGUAAGCUCAGCUCUGCAGCAUACGCAGUAAAAAAAAUUAGAAUGUUAACAAACGCGGACACGGCCCGUUUAGUUUACUUUAGUUACUUCCACAGUGUCAUGUUCUAUGGCAUUUUGCUAUGGGGCAAUGCGGCCGAUGUAGAAAUGAUAUUUAUUCUGCAGAAAAGAGCUAUACGUGCUAUUUAUAACAUGCACUCAAGGGAAUCCCUGAGGGAGAAAUUUAAAGAAAUUAAAGUUCUCACUAUGCCAUCCCAGUACAUUUUUGAAAAUUUGAUGUAUGUUCGUAAACAUAUUGAGGAGUUUCCUAAACAGUCGGACAUACAUAAUAGAAAUACUAGGAACAAACACAAGCUUGUUGUGCCGAUGAGUAGGUUACAUAAGAUACGAAAUUCAUUCGGGUGUUUGUCUGUGCGCCUGUACAACAAAAUCCCACAUGAUGUUCAGAACCUACAUAUACAUAGGUUUAAGAAAACUAUUAAAGAACAUCUGUGCAAUAAAGCUUACUAUAAAGUCAAUGAUUAUCUAGAAGAUUGCACAAAGUGGGAAUGAGUUGCUCGCUCCAGGCAUUUCAAUAUUGUAGUAAUUGUUACGUUAUAAUACUCAGUGUAAAAAAUUCAUAUUUAAAAAAAACUAAUAUUAAAAAAUAAAUAAAUAAUAUUUUAUAUGUAAAAAAAAAAGACAUGCCCGCUGAGUUUCUUGCCAAUUCUUCUCAGGACGGAGGCUAGUUCUUGUGAAUUGGCGGUAGUUCUUUUGACGUUCAACAAGUAUGUACUUUCAUUUAUGUUGAAUAAAAUUCUUUUGAUUUGAUUUGAUUUGAUUUGACCCGGCAGGCUGUUUCUGGCCCAGCGGGGUAUCCCGGAAUACCAGCGGCAUCGCCCAGGCGCCCUGGCAGGGCUGCCGUACCGCGGAGACCGACGUCGUUGGUCGUCGACCAUUGCCCGACGACCCGUCGGUCGGGCGUCCUCGGGAUGGCGCCGCGUGUCUGGUUGUAGUGUUGACCGGGGGACCAGCUGCUUCGCGAAUGAAUUUACUACCGGAUCGGAAUCGCGACCCGCUGAGAAGAUCCGGGUGUGAAGAAGAUCGCCUAUGAGGUGGACUGAUCAGAUAAUAGCGGCAGUGAAUGGCUCAUCAUCUUUACACGAAUUCCCGAGGAGGGGGGCUACCGUCAGCGAGGAGUGGUGACGUGUUCUGAAGCUUCCCACCAACGCCUGAAGUGAUGACCACGACCACUAUAUCAAGAGCGACUGGGAAGAAGAUACAGGGUGUACACACUAUAUAUCGAACCGAAAAAUGUAGAUAGUGUUCUAUUAAAAUUAUCAAUUCGACGAGAAAAACAAAUGUUCCCAAGUAAAUAGUUUCGGAAUAAAAUGUACUUGAACGCAACGAACCAACUAUUCUUCUGUUAAUCCUUGAAUUAUGUUGCACGCAAGGUAUCUUAAUAUUAUGAUUCAUAAGGAAGAAUUUAAUGCCUCGCUCUUGUGGCAUCGUUAUCAAACGCUGAAUGUUGCACUUUUUUUUUUAUAACUUAUCUUACGUCAAGUUACUUAACGUAUUCAUUCUGCGACAAUGUGCUUUGGCAAACAGUUGAUUACCCCAUUCGUGAAGCAAUGCUUCGCGGUGUCGAGUGUGACCUUCAACAUGAUGUCAUACGGUAUGGUCAUCGGAUUUAACGCAUCACUGUUCUCGGAAUUGAGGAAGAGUCAAGAGAUACCCCUGGACAGGGAUUCAGAAUCAUGGUUGGCAUCACUCAUUGGAAUAACAACAUUUAUUGGAGCGCUAUUCACACCAAUUAUAAUAGACAGCAUCGGCCGAAGACCAGCAGUGAUUACCAGCUCAGUCCUCAUGGUCAGCGGAUGGAUCACAUUUAGCUUAGCCUCAUCACUCCCUGUGUUAUUGGUUGCAAAAUUUUUACAAGGAAUGUCCGUUGGUCUUGGAUCCACGAUGGGAGGACUUUUGAUUGCAGAAUAUAGUAGUCCGAAAUACAGAGGGUCUUUUAUGGCAACAAUUCUUACUUUUCUGCUAUUAGGGAGUCUAAUAUCUCAUUUAUUUGCAUUGUUUUACAAUUGGCAUCAAAUUUCGACAAUACUAGGAUUUUUCUCUUUGCCCGGAUUAAUUAUUUCUUUAUUCUCUCCCGAGUCCCCAGUUUUUUUGGCAACCAAAGGACGUUACGAUCAAUGCAGAAAAGUUUUUCGCUGGCUGAGAGGUCCAAACGAAGAUGAUGAACUCGAGAAAAUGAUUAAAACUGAUUUGAUCGUUAAAGAAUCUAAAAAGAGCCGUCCUAAAAAGACUACGUCUAAAAUAAUACAGAAAAAAUUAACGUACGUCAUUUUAACAUUCAAAAAGCGAGAAUUUUAUAUUCCAGUAUUUAUUAUGAUGCAUCUCAGUGCUAUACAUGAGUUCUGCGGUGCUCUCGUCUACGAUACAUAUGCUUUUGACAUCCAUAAGGCUUUAUAUGGUACCGAUAUCUACAUGUUUAAAGUGAUGGCAUCUCUGGACAUUCAAAGAAUUUUAUCAACAGUUCUAACAGUCUAUUUAACCAGCAGAGUACGGAGGCGUCCAUUAUUAUUCACAUUAGUUGGAUUGAAUAUAUUGGCGUAUAUCUGUGAGGCUGGAUACAUAUACGCCAGGCGUUAUAGUCUACUUCCUUUUGACCACAUGGCUAUAGGAGUAUUUUUACAUCAUUUCCAUUAUUUCACCAACGGAGCUGGUUCUAUGUCCUUGACGACUAUAAUUAGUAGCGAGCUAUUCCCAACAGCAGACAAAGGAUUCUGUGGACUGAUUCGUAGUUUGAUUUUCUCGAUCUUCGUCUUUGCAAACGUCAAAAGUGCACCGUAUUUAUUCUCCCUCAUAGGUAUAGAAGGAACAUUAUGUGCCUAUGCACUGUUACAGUUUUACUGUCAAGUUAUGUUAUAUUACAUGUUACCAGAAACAAAAGAUAAAACACUACAAGAAAUCGAAGAUAAAUUCAGAGGAUUCUCUUUGGUUGAUCGUGCAGAAAUUUUAAAAACAAAGGAUGAUGUGGAUGUUUCGAAUUGAUGCAUAAACAAAAUUGGAUAAAACAAACAAUAAUAUGCUUAGAUUACUCUUAAAAGUUAAGUUUUUUUUUCCCCCUACCAAUUUGCUGGCAGCCUAAGAGGCAAUACCAGCUACGCCCGGACGGGUAGGUGAGCUCACGGGCUCAACCUGAGAGAAUCUGCUAACACUAGCCCUAGCAAGAGCAGUGCUUCGCAGAAUCUACCACCGGAUCGGAAUCGCGACCCACUGAGAAGAUCAGUGGGCUGAGAGAUAAGAGUUAUUUACGGAUAUGAUAGCAUAAAUAAGUACGGGAAAAAAAAACAUUUAUCUACUUUGGCUAAAGCGGGAAAUGGGUUUACGUAAUAUGUAUAUAUAUAUAAUAUAUGUAUAAAUAUAAGAAUGGAAGAGAAAAAUUAGCUGUGCCGACCCCACCUAGUGGGAGAAGGUGGAGAAAAAGAAGACAUUUACAAAUGCAUUCUUCAAGUAUCUAACGAAUCGAUGUCCGUGUGCUACGCGAAAAUUAAUAACAUAUUCUUUAAAAUUGAAUCACAAAGAAAAAUAUUUGAGAUUUAUUUUUAGGAUGUCUUGCUGGAGGCCAAUUCACAAAACAGGUGCGACAGUUGAUUUAAUUAUCAUUUACUAGUGGUACCGCAGUAGUCGAAAUUCGAUUAAUUAAUUAAAUUUAAAUAUUUGUAUACUAUUAUGAUUCUAUAGUCAAAGACUAUUAUACUUCCAUAAUCACAGAUUUCGCCAAGUCUACAAUUUAGACAAAUAUUAAUAGAGACAAACAAUUAAAAUUGUUUUAAUGGAUUUUAUGACCUGGUAACUAAGACCUUUAAGUCAUGUCUUAUUUUAAUUUAUAUUAUUCAUAUUUUUAUGAAAAAUGAUAUUAUAGAGUGAAAUGAAAUGAAGAUGAUAAUUUUGAGACACUAAUCAACUGGGAUGAAAUUAAAUUAAAGGAAUUGAGAUGAUAUGGGAUGAAAUAUAGUCUCAGUAAAAUGGUGGUCAUUUACUAAGAUUUUUUCAGCGUACUUUUUGGAGGAUCCCGAGAAGUUACGUCCAGCAGCUUUGUUUCAUUUUUCCACAUUGGUGCACUUUCACAGAUAUUAAACAGUUAAUAAGCCACCAUUAUUACACAUUUAAACCCGAAGAAACACUAAAUAGACAAAAUAAAACAAAUCACACAACUUCACUCCUUGCGUUCCCGCCAAAAAGUUCAAAACCAGUAAAAUCAACAAUUUGACCACAGAUUAUAAGCAAUAAGAAAAGUUUGACAGUAAAUAAAUAGUAUGUAUGCGUGUGUGUGUCAAAUACAUGAUAGUGUGUGUGUAAUGUUUUUAUUUAUUGAUUUAAUGUAUAAUAUUUUUCGUGCAUAGUUUAAAAAAUAUAAACAUUCUGCACUCCUCUAUAUUAUCUAUAAGUGUACAAAAAUCCAUACACCUCCGUCCGCGCAAUUUUCGUAAAAAGGGGCACAAAGUUUUUGCUUCACGUAUUCAAUAUAUAGAUAUGAAUUUUUGAGGCAGUUUUCAUUUUUGAAAGAUAUUUGAUACACAGCUUCUGAGUGUGUGUACUCGGUCUUGUUUCGUGUGCGUUUGCGGCAGACAUUAGUCUCUAUAGAGGAAGGAUGAGCAACACGCGGCCCGCGGGCCCCUCGCGGCCGCCAAGCACAUCUAAAAUUUAAUUUAUUUUAUCGACUUUCUCGUUUCUGCUCGUCUUUCUGUUUUUCUCUUGUUUGUGAAUUAAUAUUUAAAAAAAAAAAAAAAAUUAAAAAAAAAGACAUGCCCGCUGAGUUUCUUGCCAGUUCUUCUCAGGACGGAGGCUAGUUUUUGUGAAUUGGUGGUAGUUCUCUUUGACGUUCAACAAGUGUGUACUGUCAUUAUGUUGAAUAAAAACAAUUUUAUUUGAUUUUAUUUGUUUUAUCUUGCAUUAAAUUUUAUUUAUGAAAUUU